GCGUGACGUCACGACGUUGUCAUUUCCUGUUGGAGGUGGUGUUCUGCUGCUGUUGGGUCUGAUUUCGAUUUACGUCUGCGUUGUAGAGUCAGCACUUUUGACUGACUUUCCCUUUGUUAAGUGAAAACUGGAAUAUCUCGUGCCAUCACUAUUCACGACGAGGAUAUGUAUGGCAGACGUCUACGGCAAGGAAAUGACAGUCCCAUGCCAGAAGUGUCCGGCUUCAGCGUGUUUGAAGCUCACGCUAGAAAAAUACGAGCUUCUGCAAAGAAAAACCCGAAGACAGGGGACAGUGGACAAGGCUGGGAUACCGAAAGCAUCGAAACAGUGCGCGAAAGUGGAGAGACGACAGAGGCCGACGUGGCCAGCGAUAUUUUGGGAGCUGUCGAUCAUGAAUUAGAUUAUAUUGAGGACGACGAUAGCCCAGAUACGUCCAGCUCACAGCCUAAAAACUCCACGACUUUACUAGGAGCUCUGCCAAUCGAUGCCGUGGAACCGCCACGCAUCUUGCACGAAUCUCAGCUCUUCAACGAAGCUCUUCCACAUGCAGUUGGAGCAUUACAGCCCAUUGAAAUGGACAAUGCUACAAGUCCGGCACUACAGUCGCUGUUUGAAAGAGAUCCUCCACAAGUUCCAAGCUUGGACGAAUCUCACUCAGAUCCUAAUCCUCGUCCAGGACGUAGAGGGAGUAAAAGCAGGAAACAGAUGUCAGAAUGCACUUCUGCUAAGCUAGAGCAUCAAGAACAAAAUGUCUCUAAGAGGUCAAAAGACCACAAGCGACAUUCAGCAUCAACCGCGCUCAAAGAUGUCGCCAAUGCUUCCUUGAAAAGGAGUGCAGGGUUGUUGCCAAGCAACACGGGAAACAAAUCAAGCAAUACGAAAACUCGUACGGACGUAAGCAAACUGGACUGUGCCACUUUACCUGCCGGAACAUCUGCACUGUCACUCAAGGAGAAUGUCAGUCUUGAAAAUGCACUGGUGCAAGGAGAAGCUGAGAAUUCAACGCAGUACUCCAAGAAAAAGUUGACAUUCAUGCAAAAGGCAGUUGCAGCUGCACGGCCCGACGUCGAUGUAGAAAAUAUCUCUCAGCCUCGGGUGGUUUGGCCGGAACAUCGGCCACAAGGCAAGUCAUAAUAUCCUGGAAGUCAUUUUUGAAAACUACAAAAAGAAAUCUAAGCACCAUUAGUGACCUUGGAGAUGUUGCGGCCAGUUCAGAAGCCCUGCCCUUGCAACUUUUACGUUUCGGACAUUUUUGUCGGCAGCUCAUGUUGUUUUUCGGAAGCUCUUUCUUUUUUGUUUUUUCGUAGCCAGUUCAGAAGCUGUAGUGGAAUUGAACUUAAGUUUAUUUACAACUUUUACAAUUUGCA